GCCCAGCUGAGUGCAGUUACACUCUCUAAACUGGGGGGGUCGCUGACGGCUUUAUCCAAACAUGGCUGCCCAGGAUGAGCUCAAUCAACUGGAACGUGUGUUCCUUCGCCUGGGCCAUGCAGAGACAGACGACCAGCUACAAGACAUUAUCUCCAAGUUCCUACCCCCUGUGCUCCUCAAGCUCUCCAGCGUCCAGGAGGGCGUGCGGAAGAAAGUAAGAAGGAUUGUUUUGACUCUUUGUUUAACUUGGCUGGUUAUUGUGAUUCAUUAUUGGGUUUUGUAGAAUUUCACCAUCAUAUACAUCAAACUGGGCUACCCACGCCUGGAGGUGGGGAAACAGUGCGAGCUGGCCCCCACCCUCCUCACUGCUAUGGAAGGCAAGCCACAGCCACAACAGGACAGCCUGAUGCACCUGCUGAUCCCGACUCUUUACCACAUGAAGUAUCCUGCCUCCAAGAUUGCAGCUCCAUUUAACUUGUCUGAGCGGCCAAAGACGAUGCAGCUGCUGCUAGAGUUUAUGUUGGAUGUUUUACUGAUGCCUUAUGGGUUUGUGCUGAAUGAAUCCCCAACUCGCCCAGCACCCUCCUCCGCGCAGGGGGGUUCUGCAGAUGGGACAGUGGCUGUGAGUGGCCAGGGUCUCCCCCAGCCUCCCCCAGGGAUGAGUGUCUAUGCUGCCAAGAGGGUGAUUGGGGAGGCCCAGUGGAGCGCUGAGCAACUAGAGCAGUGUAAGCUGGGGAUAGUGAAAUUUAUCGAAGCAAAGCAAGUCCCUGAGGUGGAGACAGUGGUUCUCCUGGUGGUGGCAUCCAGCGACACGCGACACGGUGUUGCUACUGCAGCUGAUCUGGAGCUGAAGAGCAAACAGAGUAUCAUCGAUUGGAACAAUCCUCUAAUUAUCAACAAGAUGUACAAGGUGUAUCUAGGGGAUGUCCCUCUUAAAACAAAGGGUGGCAAUCUUAAGCAGGAGUUGAAGCAUGAGCCAGUGAGCACAAGAGUCAAAUUGAAGAUCCUGCCACAUCUUCUGCGGUCACGCUUAGCCGCAGAAUGCUUUCCAGCUAAUAUCCAGGUGGUGUAUGAUGGUCUGUUUGGAGCUAACACCAACAACAAACUGCUGUCUCUCACCCUGCAGUUUGUCCAUCACAUUUGCACGGUGUGCCCUGACACUAAUAAACCUUUGGGGCUUAUGCUGCUUAAUGGUCUUACUAAGCUCAUCAACGAAUACAAGGAGGAUCCUAAGCUUCUAUGUGUUGCCUACUCUGCUGUUGGAAAGCUGGCAAGCCGCAUGCCACAGCUGUUCACGAAGGAUAUUGCACUCGUACAGCAGUUCUUUGAGUCCAUGUGCAAGGAGGAGGCCGAUGUCCGUCUUGCCAUUCAGGAAGCUUUGUCCAUGAUGGUUGGAGCUUAUGCUAACCUACAGGGGGCACUGCUGAAUCUGAUGGAGGCCCUGGUUGCUGCAUACAUCAACAAGCCGGAGGUGCAAGUUCGCCAAGUGGCCAUGAAGUUUGCCAGCACAGUGUUUGCUCCUGAUCAUGUGCAAUCGAGGUAUCUGCUGCUGCUGGCUGCUGGAGACCUGAGGGAGGAGGUGGCUGGAGAGGCCCAGAAGGUGCUGAGGGCUUUUCCUACCAAAAGCUCAGAGAAGGAGGGACAUAAGCCCAUGCCCUCCUUUCCUGACAUGGUGGCCCACGUCCAGGAGAAGGCAGCUCAGAGGAUCAAGACCCCAGCUAAGUACAUUGUUGGAACCUCCACAAUUCCUUUCAACCCCUCUGCAUUUGGGGAGAUCGUGCUCUACCUGAGGAUGUGUUUAGCCCACAGUGCCGGGGCCAGGCCCAUGUCCACACGCCUGACAGACAUGCAGGAUGAUGCCCCGGCCAUCGGCCGCUACAUCCACUCACUGCUGUCCUCUGAGCCUCAGCAGUCAGUGUCAAAGGGAUCUGAGGCAAAUCCCGUCCAUGUCUACAUUGAACUGCUGCAGCAGCUACUUUCUGCUGUUGGAGGAAUCCCAGUUAUGUACUGUCUACUGGAGGUGGUGUCAGUCUGCCCAGAGAAGCUGGCUCCCAGAUUUGUUGAUAAAAUUGACUGGAUUAAAAGUAUGAUGAACACAAAUAAGGAGGACAUGAGGGAGCUCGCAGCUCAGCUUUACGCUGUGGUGGUUUCCACCAUGAUCGGCAACGAGCUGCAGACAGCUGUGCAGAACCUGCUCAAAAUCACCAAAGACAACCACAGUCCUGAGACUCAGCACGGUGCCAUCUUGGCUCUCGGCUACAUGGUUGGAAGGUACAUGAGCAAGAAGAAAGCCAUCUCCUCUGGUGACUCCACAGACAACAUGGAGCAGAAAAUGAACUUCUCCUCCCAGGAAGACGAUGCGCUUGUUUCCAUGGCUACAAAAACAGUUGGUUCCUACCUGGACAGCAGUAGUGCUUUACUGACAGUCGCAGCCUGUACAGCCAUUGGAGAAAUUGGCCGGAAUGGCUCCCUGCUGAUCCCUGCAGAGGGUGAGGGCUUCACCAAACUCUCCACUGUGGAAAACCUUCUGGCUCGUAUCCCCUCUGGCAAGGAGAGCACAAAGAUGAAGGAGCGAUCGAUCCAGACCUUAGGUUACCUCCCAGUGGGAGAUGGAGACUUCCCUCAUCAGAAGAAGCUGCUGCAGGGACUCAUGGACUCUGUGGAGGCCAAACAGGUGGAGCUUCAGUUCACAGUUGGAGAGGCCAUUACCAGUGCUGCAAUCGGCACCAGCUCGGGAGCUGCCAGAGACCAAUGGACCUGCACUGAAGACCAGUACAGCCCACCACACAACAUUAAAACCAAUGAUAUGGUUCCUUGGGUCCUCAACUCCAUCCUGGCCAAGUACAUCCCCAGCCAGAACCCCCAUGUCCGGCAGGCAGCCUGCAUCUGGCUGCUCUCCCUGGUCAAGAAACUCAGCCAACACAAGGAAAUCACGUCUCAUUUGAAGGAGAUUCAGGUGGCAUUCAUCUCUGUUCUCUCAGAUCCCGAUGAGCUGAGCCAGGAUGUAGCGUCUAAAGGACUUGGAUUGGUCUAUGAGAUGGGAGGAGAGGACGACCAGCAUGAACUGGUAUCCACACUGGUGGAAACACUCAUGACUGGUAAAAGAGUCAAACAUGCUGUCGCAGAAGACACCGAGGUUUUCCAAGGAGAAGGUUUGGGGAAAACACCUGAUGGCCACAACCUGACCACAUACAAGGAGCUCUGCUCAUUGGCCAGCGACCUGAACCAACCAGAUCUCGUUUACAAGUUCAUGAACUUGGCGAAUCACCACGCCAUGUGGAACUCCCGGAAGGGAGCAGCUUUUGGCUUUCACAUUAUUGCUGCCAAGGCCGGGGAGCAGCUGGCUCCAUUCCUGCCCCAGCUUGUGCCUCGUCUGUACCGCUACCAGUUCGAUCCCAACCUGAGCAUUCGUCAGGCCAUGACCAGUAUCUGGGAUGCCUUGGUCACUGAUAAGACCCUGGUGGAUAAGUAUCUUAAGGAGAUCCUGCAAGAUGUCAUUUCCAACUUGACCAGUAACACCUGGAGAAUACGUGAAUCCAGCUGUCUGGCCCUGAAUGACCUGGUUCGUGGGCGCCAAGCUGAAGACCUCGUCGAUCAUCUUGCAGAAAUGUGGGAGGUGCUGUUUAGAGUCCUCGAUGACAUUAAGGAAUCUGUUAGGAAGGCUGCAGACCUGACACUGAAAACACUCAGUAAGGUGUGUACUCGUAUGUGUGAGUCCACAGGCGCUGCAGCCCAGAGAACUGUGGCAGUGCUGUUACCUACUCUGCUGGAAAAGGGCAUCGUUAGCAAUGUGUCUGAGGUCCGCGCACUCAGUAUCCAGACCCUGGUGAAGAUCAGUAAGACGGCCGGUGCCAGACUAAAGCCUCACGCUUCCCGACUCAUCCCAGCCCUACUGGAGGCCCUCAGCACCCUGGAGCCUCAGGUCCUCAACUACCUCAGCCUCCGAGCCACCGAGCAGGAGAAGAGCGCCAUGGAUGCUGCCAGACUAAGUGCUGCCAAGUCCUCCCCAAUGAUGGAGACCAUUAACAUGUGUCUGCAACACCUUGAUGUUUCUGUGCUGGGGGAGCUGGUUCCGAGGCUCUGUGAGCUGCUGAAGAGUGCAAUUGGCUUAGGCACCAAGGGUGGCUGUGCUAGUGUGAUUGUUUCACUGUCGGUGCAGUGCCCUCAGGACCUCAGCCCUUAUUCAGGUAAACUGAUGAGUGCCCUGCUGAAUAGUGUCCAUGACAGAAGCACUGUGGUGCAGAAAGCAUUUGCUUUUGCUUUGGGACACUUAGUCAGGACAGCUAAAGACAGCAGUGUGGAGAAACUACUACUGAAACUCAACACCUGGUACUUGGAGAAAGAAGAGCCAGUGUACAAGUCCUCGUGUGUGUUGAUCGUGCAUGCCAUCAGCCACUACAGUCCAGAUGUGCUGAAGGCACAUGCAGUAGUGGCCCUGCCUUUAGCUUUCUUGGGGAUGCAUCAGGCUCCAGGUCCUGAUGAGGAGAAAGGAGAGAGCCAUGACGCCACACUGUGGGGGGAGGUGUGGCAGGAGAACGUCCCAGGAAGCUUCGGAGGCAUCCGACUCUACAUGACGGAGCUGAUCACCAUCACACAGAAGGCUCUGCAGUCCCAGUCCUGGAAGAUGAAGGCGCAGGGUGCUGCUGCCAUGGCAACCGUCGCCAAGGAACAGAUGGGCUCAUUGGUGGCGCCACACCUCGGUUUGGUGUUAACCGCUUUAAUGCAGGGCCUAUCAGGGCGCACCUGGGCCGGCAAGGAGGAGCUGUUGAAAGCCAUCGGAUCAGUCGUGAGCAAAUGCAGUGCGGAGCUGAAGAAGCCUUGGCCAGGUCAGCCCACAGUCCCUGAGAUGCUGGAGGUUGUGAUGAAGGAAUGCCGCAAAGAGAGUCUGGUUUACAAAAUGGCCGCUUUGCGUUGUGCGGGGGACGUGCUCCACAGCAGCCAGGAGGACCGAUUCAGUGACAUGGCCGACAUCCUGCUCCCUCUUAUCAAGAAGAGCUGCCCGGAGAGUGGGGGAGCGUCCAAGAGGUCAAUUGAGGAUGAUGAUAGAGAUGUGAAGGAGAAAGAGCUGCAGACUGAAGUGUUGCUCUGUGCUUUCGAGACUCUGGGAAAGACGUGGCCCAGGAACCCACAGACUCAGGCUCGUUUCCAGGUGGACGUUUGCAGUCUAAUGUGUGAUAAGCUCAAGCAAAGCACUUGGAAAGUGCAGCUGGCCGUUCUCCAGUCCAUGAAGUCGUACUUCCAGGGGUUACUGCUGCUGGAGAAAGGCAGUGAAGACUUUAACACACUGUCCCAGAUCCUCACAGAGACGAGUGCUGGUCUCACGUACCCAUUAGAAAACAAAAGUUACUCGUCUGUGAGGACCGAGGCCUUGUCAGUUGUGGAUCUAAUCGUAAAGAGAACUGGAGAGAGUGAGCAGUGGGACUGUGUGUCUGUGAAGAGCCGGGAGCAGCUGCAGCGCUCCCUGUCCACGCUGCAGACCGACAGCAGGCCCGACCUGAGGGACAAGGCUCAGGAGCUGCGUCGACACAUCCAGAGUCAACCCUGAGCCGCCCCGCGCACAAAGAGAGAGACAGAGAGCUCACAGGGUCUGCCAAAUCCACACAGAUACACACAGAUUGCAAAGCAAGAAAAACAGCAUCAACGUCUUUUAACAUCGUAACGAGUAACACAAAUCAUUCACUAGCACACUUCUCUGUCUGACCUCUUUGCCAAAGCAGUCGUCUCUUUACGCAGAUAUUCCCAUCUCCUCAAUCCACUGCAUCAAUAUUCAUGUUAACCUGUGGGCUUAGAAACUGACUUGUGCAAGAGAGGGCGCCGCUCAAGCUGAGCGACUGACGCCCGAAGAGACUUCAUUAACGCAACUUGCCCUGAGUCCGGACCCUCAGCGACGUCGGUGGAGGGCGAGGCUAAUUUUUGUUACGUGUCAAGCUUAAUUUGGUUCAUUUCAAUGGACAGUAAGAUGAUAAUGAAUGCUAUAUAAACCAAUCUGUUAGGUUUGUGGACACUGUAUACCUGUAGCCCCAAAGUGGGGACUUUUACUACUGUUGUGGGUUUGCCAACUCAUUAAAUAUCUGAUCAACAGCGGGUCGUACACGCAGGGUGACAGGCUUUCAACUCCGGAUCAAAGUUCGUGUGCUUUGAGCUCCAAGUCCUCACGACUGUGUUCGUUCCUGCUGGUGAAGGUGGAGGAAACUGGUGGAAAACCUUUUUUGUGAAAUGUUGAAAAUUAGUCAAAUCAAGUGAUGCUAUAGCUGUUUGAAAUUGUCCCUGAUGAAAUAAAACUACCUUCGUAA